AUGUUAGGAGGAGCUGCACCAAGAGGGCAUACCCAGGGGCAGAUCGUAGAGGGGCGAGAGGGGGAGCCUUGGGGAGCCAGUGGAGGAGAAUUUGGUGUUGCUCAAUCAAAAGUCUCGGCGAAUGUGUGCCAGAGUAUUCAGAAUAGCGAGCACCAACUUCGGAUACAGAAUAGCGAGCACCAACUUCGGAUACAGAAUAGCGAGCACCAACUUCGGAUACAGAAUGGCGAGCACCAACUUCGGAUACAGAAUAACGAGCACCAACUUCGGAUACAGAAUAGCGAGCACCAACUUCGGAUACAGAAUGGCGAGCACCAACUUCGGAUACAGAAUAGCGAGCACCAACUUCGGAUACAGAAUGGCGAGCACCAACUUCGGAUACAGAAUAGCGAGCACCAACUUCGGAUACAGAAUAGCGAGCACCAACUUCGGAUACAGAAUAGCGAGCACCAACUUCGGAUACAGAAUGGCGAGCACCAACUUCGGAUACAGAAUGGCGAGCACCAACUUCGGAUACAGAAUAGCGAGCACCAACUUCGGAUACAGAAUAGCGAGCACCAACUUCGGAUACAGAAUAGCGAGCACCAACUUCGGAUACAGAAUAGCGAGCACCAACUUCGGAUACAGAAUGGCGAGCACCAACUUCGGAUACAGAAUGGCGAGCACCAACUUCGGAUACAGAAUGGCGAGCACCAACUUCGGAUACAGAAUAGCGAGCACCAACUUCGGAUACAGAAUGGCGAGCACCAACUUCGAAUACAGCAUAGCGAGCACCAACUUCGGAUACAGAAUAGCAAGUACCAACUUCGGAUACAGAAUGGCGAGUACCAACUUCGGAUACAGAAUGGCGAGUACCAACUUCGGAUACAGAAUGGCGAGUACCAACUUCGGAUACAGAAUAGCGAGCACCAACUUCGGAUACAGAAUAGCGAGCACCAACUUCGGAUACAGAAUAGCGAGCACCAACUUCGGAUACAGAAUAGCGAGCACCAACUUCGGAUACAGAAUGGCGAGUACCAACUUCGGAUACAGAAUAGCGAGCACCAACUUCGGAUACAGAAUAGCGAGCACCAACUUCGGAUACAGAAUAGCGAGCACCAACUUCGGAUACAGAAUAGCGAGCACCAACUUCGGAUACAGAAUAGCGAGCACCAACUUCGGAUACAGAAUGGCGAGCACCAACUUCGGAUACAGAAUAGCGAGCACCAACUUCGGAUACAGAAUAGCGAGCACCAACUUCGGAUACAGAAUAGCGAGCACCAACUUCGGAUACAGAAUAGCGAGCACCAACUUCGGAAGACUAUAACCUCUUCUGGCUUCAAAUUUAAUUGCAAUUCCUUUUAUUACAGAUAUAAAAUGUAA